AUGGAUCAGGGAAAUACCUUGCGACAUUUUGCCAAGACGGUGAAACCCGAAGCGGAACAAGCUGCGGCCUUUUUGCAACUCUUCAUGAAUACUGCCUACUGUGUUGCUAAAACCGCUGUUAUGCCGCCGUACUGUAUCUGGGACAGUAAAGGAUUAGCCGCACGGCAUCAAGUGCUAAAAAAGUGCGAAGACAUGCUACGGGAAUACCAUACCUCCACACGUUUUCUCCUCACCGAACCAUGUCAUCCAGUUAAUGUUUACGACUACUCGUUCGAUCUGAUGAGUCGCCACGCGCUCGACUGA